CCCUCGCUCUCUCUCAACUAUGGCGACAACUAAAUACAGGAGGGACUCAGAAGAAGAAGCAUUGUUUCGCUCCUACCCAUAUGCUCUAUACUUCGUACAUAGCCCAUCCACAGUCUCUCAUGCCAAUAGCGGCGAGCUCAGAAACAACAAUGAAUCAGCAUUCCACUCUCCUCUCCGAUCCGAAACCUCCAUGAACAACCCAAUUACAAGCACAGGCCAAGAAGCUACACAAUUUGCACUCUCUCGAUACUCUUCUCGUGGAUCAAACAACUCGUUCUUGCACGAGAAAAAGAUGGUCUAUGAUCUUCAAAGCCAUGGGAAUGGGACCGAGAAUGGCGACACCCGUCCGGUUUUCGCAAAAGAAGAGAUCGGUGAAGAUGAAGAAGAUGAGGAUGAGGAGGCUGAAGAGGAAUUGUUUGGGAGGAAAGGUGUGUGGUUGAGAUAUUUCUCUUUUGGUUAUUCUUCUUCGUUUGCGUGGAUGUUUCUGCAGAUAAGUUGGAGGUUUAUGGUGAGCUUUGGAGUUGCAUUGCUUGUUUUCUAUUUAGCUACUAAGCCUCCACCACCAAAGAUGUCUAUUAAGAUUAAAGAGUGGUCUUCUUCGUGGAAUGGUUGUGCGACGGAAUAUGUUAGAAACGUUUAG